CCAACUUCCAGGAAACGGAAACUUCAGUGAAAUCGAAACUACUGGGGAAAGGGAGGACCCCUGGGAGUGUCCAGGCACCUGGACCACAGCUGCCUGAUGCCCACCAUGCACCGCACAUCCCAGCCCUUCAUCAAUGGGAUCUCCCCGAGCUAUGAGACGCUCAAGGAGGAGCACGAGGUGGCCGUGCUGGGGGCUCCCCCGAGCCAGGCUCCCGUGACGACCACGGUGAUCAACAUCCGCAGCGAGACCUCGGUGCCCGACCACAUCGUCUGGUCCCUGUUCAACACGAUCUUCAUGAACUUGUGCUGCCUGGGCUUCGUGGCUUUUGCCUACUCCGUGAAGUCUAGGGACCGGAAGAUGGUGGGCGAUGUCAUUGGGGCCCAGAGCUACGCCUCCACCGCCAAGUGCCUGAACAUCUGCGCCCUGGUCCUGGGCCUCCUCCUGAUUACCGUCUUCAUCGUUAUUUUCGCCACUGGCUCCGUGAUGAUUUUUCAAGGAGUUUCCCAGCUCAUAAAGGAUCACGGAGGCGAACAGUAGCUGCCGGCAGCCUGAGGCAGUCAUCCCUUUUCACUGCAGUUUAUACACGCAUCUGUCCACAGUUGAAUAAAAUAAAGCAUCUGUAUGUGA